GUCGAAGUCGCCUUAAUAAUUGAACACCUCCGUGCAAAACUAAAAUUUUCGCGAAUAAAAUAACAUCUUUUAUUUUUCUUACGUAAAAUUAUUGAAGGUUUACAUUGUAAUUGGCUAUCAAUGUAAUUAAUCGUAGUGAGUGUUUUUUGGUCUUAUUCUUCAAAGUGCAGUGAAUUGUAACUAAAAAACGGAAGAAAGUAAAACCGACUGCUUUGAUAUAUUCAGUGAAAUUGCAGUGUUGCAGGUAUUGUUUACAAUAGUGCCAUAAGAGUUAUGUCAUAUUUACAUCUGAUAUUCACGUGCUUGUUUGUUGCUUUUGCAAAAUGUGAGUACGAAAACAAUGUGUGCCCUACGUACAUUGAUUACAUUAACAUCAGGAAUAACACCGACUGUUGGUAUAAUUUUGCUGCUGUUGAUAAAGUGCCAGAUAUUAUUAAGAAAUCGGGGUACCCUUUUAUAGAGUACAAAGUUCAAACAAGGGAUGGGUACAUUUUGACAGUGUUUAGAAUACCCAGCGUAAACAAAAAGAAACCUGCAGUUUUCAUGCUCCACGGUGUACAAAGUUCUGCUGGAAUUUUUGUUGGUCUUGGAAGGAGUUCUCUAGCCUUUCUCCUGUCUGACGCCGGUUAUGAUGUUUGGUUGGGAAACUACAGAGGAACUGAAUAUUCUGAAGGACACACCCAUUUAAAUGCUUCCAUGAGAGAAUAUUGGGAUUAUGGAGUUGAUGAGAUCGCUCUUAUCGAUGUUCCACUGAUGCUCAGACUGGUGACGCAUCAUUCUGGAUACCGUGGAAAGAUAAUCUACGUUGGCCAUUCUUUGGGAACCACUGCCGCAAUGAUGUAUGCUUCUGAAUUUCCAAUGGAAGCUAGGAAAACCGUUCAGCUGUUUGUUUGGAUAUCGCCCGCUUAUAAGCUCACCCACAUGAGAUCUCCUUACAGGGUUGUUUUUCCACUAUUUCGCACUGCAUUGAGAUUUUCAAAUCAUCUUAAUCUGGUUCAAGUCAUUUCAAGAGGGUACUCAAGCAGAUUAACAAGACCCACUUGUUUGGCAUCUCCGGCACUCAUGCUCCUAUGUCUGAAUGUCCUGAAUCUUUUUCUAGGACCCUUCACUGAAAUUUCACCAGAAACAAUUCCAGUUUUACUCAACCAACUUCCGUCAGGGACGUCAUUUAAAACUUUAACGUACUUAUCCGAAGCCGUAAAAGGAAAUUUUAAGAAGUUUGAUUAUGGCGGCCGAAAUAUGAUGAAAUAUGGCACAGAAGAGCCUCCAGAGUAUGAUGUUUCAAAAAUAGAUAUACCUGUCAUUUUGGCAUAUUCUGCUCAUGAUUGGGCCACAUCUAAAGAUGAUGCAAUGGAACUGUAUAUGACUUUAUCAAACCAUGUGAGAUAUGGACGAAUAGAGAUUAAUAAGCUUAAUUUUAAUCAUUUUGAUUUUCUUUUUGGAAAAAACUCAAGAAGAUUAGUUGCUGAACCGUUGAUAAAGAUGAUCGAAAAAUUCCAAAUAGAAAAAAAGCGAAAAUUUUAAAAC